UUACUUUUGCCUGAUUAAAAUUUAAAUCUUCGGUCGAUUGGUUUUGACUGUUUUCGAUUCAAGAUGGCGGCUACACCAGCAACGAAUCCUUCACAGUUGCUCCCACUCGAGCUUGUGGAUAAAUGUAUCGGCUCCCGGAUACACAUAGUGAUGAAAACGGACAAAGAAAUCGUCGGCACGCUGCUCGGCUUCGACGACUUUGUCAACAUGGUGCUGGAGGAUGUCACUGAAUUUGAGAUCACCCCAGAGGGAAGGAGGAUAACCAAACUGGAUCAGAUCCUCCUGAAUGGGAACAACAUCACCAUGCUCAUCCCUGGAGGAGAAGGACCCGAGGUGUGACCGCCCAGCCGCCUGCGUUCGCUCCUCACUUUCUGAUACUCUCUGAUUUUGUAAAAGGAAAAUGUUUUUUGUUAAGUCUUUUUUUUUAUUAUUAUUUUGUGUUUAGUAAAUAAAAGAUGCAUCAUGUCGGGCUGUUUUCGUUUCAAAUAAAGGAGAAUUUCCAACA